GGCGUCGCAUUUGGAGUUCUGCAGUACACUGCGUGAUGUGGCUUCAUGCAUGUUAGCAUAGUUGACUUUUUUCUUGCUGCAAACAUCCUCGAAACAAAACGCUCACGCUGAAAGAAAACUUACGGACCACUUUUGUAUGACGGAAGACAGAGAAGCCUCUUUGCUAAUCCGAUACUUAUGCACUGCUUACCAUCACUAGAAGAAAAAAGUGCGCGGAGGAAUAAAAAAAUCAACACGUAUCCGGUGGGAUUCCACAGAGAGAGAGAGAGAAAGAGAGAGAGAGAGAGAGUGGGAGAGUGUGAUUGAGUGAAAGCUACAAACAAGUGUGGAGAGGAGAAACGGGAGUUUGCCCAGCGUGGAGGAAUUGCUAAUAAGAUUUGAUAUUUUAAAUCAACACACAUUUGUUCACAGGAAUAAUGAGGAACGGUUGGAUACUCUUUACGCUCGGUCUGGUGACCUUUGUUUUGGGUGAAAUGACACUGGCAGCUACACAGGGUCAAAUUUCUCCUGACGAAAAGGAUUUGUAUCUUGAGGAUGGGUCAGGGGAUUAUCCAGUAGAUGAUGAUGAUGAUUUUAAUUCUGGGUCAGGCUCGGGUCUCAAAGUGGAAAUCGAGGAGCCCGUCACUGUGAAAACGUAUAUGUUUCCAAAAGCACAACCAACCAGGGACUCGACUAAAGUAUUCACACACAAAGUUGAGACAUCUACAGCCAAAGCCAGACUGCUGCCUAAGAAUCCUGCCAGAACCGAGCCACCAGUUCUGGUCACGGAUACAGAUCUGGAUUUAAUGAGCACAACUAGUAAGCCAAAGAUGUCUGGGAGUGGUGUGGACACAGAUGUGUCUGCGGAGAUACGGUCCGAAAACCUCUUCCAGAGAACAGAAGUUCUGGCAGCUGUAAUUGCUGGUGGAGUGAUUGGGUUCCUGUUUGCAAUCUUCCUGAUCUUGCUGCUGGUGUACCGCAUGAGGAAGAAGGAUGAAGGCAGCUAUGACCUUGGGGAACGCAAACCAUCCAGUGCUGCCUAUCAGAAGGCACCUACCAAGGAAUUUUAUGCAUAAACAUUAUGGAGAGUCUCUGAUUGAGAUCAGUGAACUUUUUAAAAAACAGAAAUGAAUACAAAAAAAGUUUUUGUUUAGAGUAAUGAAGACCUUUCUUUUUUUUUCCUAAAAAAAAAAAAGAAAAGCCAACAAGGCUGUUUUAUGGCGAAUCCCAAUGUAUUUAAAUAUUUCAUGUAUCCUUUAAAAGGCUGAUAAACAAAACAAAACAACACUUAGUAUGUAAUUGUGAGAAGCAGUGGAGGUGUCUAAUGAAGCGAUUGUUUUUCAUAGACUAGUUUUUAAUAAAGCAGUAUAUGUAAAAAGACGAUGGAAAUAAUUGAAUAUAAUUGUUCUGUGUCUAGCUCUUUUAAUUUUGUCAUAGCAUGUGUGAAGUUGAUCUACAAGAUGCACUUCAUUAAUUUAUCUGUUUUAAAAUUGCCUUUCUAUAGUUUUCAUGGUGCAAUUUUGUCUAGAAAAUAAUAAGAUAGCAGUAAGUGUAAAUGUACUUUUUUUCUCUGGUACUUUAUAAACUGUCUUUCGCUUUAUAUAAAAUAGUCACGAUUGGGAAUUUCUCACACUGCUUCAUUUUGUAGCUUCAGUCAUUUCAACAGCAGCAUCUGUUGCAGUUGUUUCUUUACUUCGAUCUUCAGGAUAGAAGAUUUUAUGUAAGCUACUGACAGAAAAGCUUAAGAAAACCCAAAGACUUAACGGUAUUCUGGAAACUGCUGCAGAUUCCAUCGGCCACUUUAAAAAAAAUUUACCUCUCCUUUCCAUUAGAAGGUUUGUGAUUAGAUCAUUUGGAAUCCAACUGCUUAAAAAUACAUGUAUAAAAUAUAUAUAUAUAUUUACAAUGUAUUAAGCCUCUGAAGUGCCUACCAUUUUGAAUUGCGCUUGUUCCAGACUGGAUAGAAAAGUUUCUGUAAUUCAGUGUGUGAGAUUUUUGCUGCCAAUUUAGAAGCACAGGCAAUUGUUAGUCUUACAGAAGCAGACAGUAUUGUAUCUAUAAUUUGAAACGCACUACUGAAUAAACAUUGUGGCCUAAUACUAAAA